CCCCCAGCCCGAGUCCAGCCUUAGUUGAUGGACUUGCUCUAAGCCCAAAUAACCCUAAAACUCUGAAAAAAGAAAAGAAAAAAGAGAUCCAUUUUGUUUUGGUAGUUGACGCUGAAAUCCGAUGAAGGGCACAUUUUGGGGGAAAAUGUUGAACCGUAGAUCAGCAUUGAUCGGAUUCAUCAGUUGCUUUUGUUUUUCUUCCACAUUUCUCAGUGGUAGUAUUGUUGCUGCUUCACCUCACGACCCAUUACUCGGAUCCGCUCGCGUUGUUUUUCAGACCAAUUAUGGAGACAUCGAAUUCGGGUUCUACCCGAGCGUCGCCCCCAAAACCGUUGAGCACAUCUACAAGCUGGUUCGUCUCGGAGGCUAUAACACCAACCACUUCUUUAGGGUUGAGAAGGGCUUCGUUGCCCAAGUGGCUGACGUGGCCAGUGGAAGAUUGGCUCCCAUGAACGAGGAGCAGAGAAGAGAAGCUGAGAAGACGGUGAUCGGUGAGUUCAGUCAAGUUAAGCAUGUCAGGGGCAUUCUCUCAAUGGGAAGAUAUGAAGACCCAAAUAGUGCCGCAUCCUCUUUCUCAAUGCUUCUUGGAGAUUCCCCUCAUCUUGAUGGUCAGUAUGCAAUAUUUGGGAAAGUUACUAAGGGUGAUGAGACCUUGAAAGCGCUUGAGGAACUCCCUACUCACCGCGAGGGGAUUUUUGUGAUGCCUACUGAGCGCAUUACAAUUCUGUCAUCAUACUACUAUGAUACCGAGAUGGAGAGUUGUGAACAUGAGAGGUCAAUUAUGAAGCGGAGGCUCGCUGCAUCUGCUAUUGAAAUUGAAAGACAGAGAAUGAAAUGCUUCCCAUGAUAUAGCAAGUAAAUAUGAGCAUGAAGAAAUGUUGCGGUUGCCUUCAACCAGCCAGAUACCCGUUGUAUUUUGUGAGACAAAAGUUGGGAAAUGGUGAGAAAAUAUUAAAGACCAGUUCGUAGACAAGAACCCAACUAUCUUUCAUGUGAAUAUCUCAGACAACAUUUGUGGUGUCACUGAGUAGAUUUAUACUGGAACUCCUCUGAAACUAACACUGCUUCUGUAAAAUGAAUCUCCAAACCUGAGUGAAUUAUUAUACUGGAAGUGGAUAAAUGCUCGCGUGUAAUUUUUUUUUGGAGACCUUCUCCUAAUGUUAGCUGUGAAACUGCUGAAAGUGUUUUUCGUGCAAGGGUAAGCCCUUAAUAGAUUUAAGAUACAAAAGAUAUGAGGCUCUUUAGUUUGGACCGUUAAAUGAAAGGAUCUGUUUUAUAA